AAGAUGCAACAGAUCUUUCCCAACAAACUGAUUGAGACGAUUUUUACCGACGACUCGUGCUUAAUGUGAUCAUGUUACGAUUAACGUCGCAAAGCGUAUUUUGACGAGGUCUGUUUAACAAAUAAAACUUGUGAUCAUGACGUGCGCGCGCAGAUGUCUGAUCGUUAAGAAUGACUGCUUCAACGAAAUGAUAACGAGAUAUAUUAAUAAGUGAAAUAGGGCUUAUUUUUUAAACAUGCUUGACUUCUGUUUUUAAUUUCAUCGAGCUGUCAAAUCGCGGAGCACAUGCACGUUAAAUUGCUUAAGCGCUGAAUUGUGCCGUGAAGGUCGCGCUCCUCAUUUGGACUUUUUCGUUUAUGGAGGCCUGUUGAUUUGUUUACUUUUUAUGUUUACUAUCAUGCCAAAAAUCUCGUUGUUUCACACCCACAGACUGAGCAUCCGAGAGUUUCUCUUAUAACAGGUGGUUCCUCGCGUCUCCAAGGCUGAAGGAUCAUGUUGACGGCGGAAACUCUCUCCAGCUGUUUGACUUCUUUAACAUAUGACAACCGCAACACUAUAAGCGCGGGUUUAGCAAGCCAAGAGAGUUACUAAAACAAAGCCUCUCCAUCCAAAUCUAUGAUCAGCUCCGUGUGUGUUUCGUCGUACCGCGGGCGCAAGUCGGGCAACAAACCUUCUUCCAAAACAUGUCUAAAGGAAGAGAUGAUCAGAGGAGAAGAUUCGGAAAAGAUCAUCAUCAAUGUCGGCGGUACGCGUCACGAAACCUACAAGAGCACCCUGAGGACCCUACCGGGCACGCGGCUCGCAUGGCUCGCAGAAACCGACCUCCCGGACGCUGACACGGGGCAGACCAACGAGUUCUUUUUCGACCGGCAUCCUGGAAUAUUUGCUUACGUGCUCAACUAUUACAGGACUGGCAAGCUCCACUGCCCGGCUGAUGUCUGCGGCCCACUUUUUGAGGAGGAGUUGGCAUUUUGGGUCAUCGAUGAGACGGACGUGGAGCCCUGUUGCUGGAUGACCUAUCGCCAGCACAGGGACGCAGAAGAGGCGCUAGAUAUCUUCGAACCCCCUGAUCCGGAGGAUGCUGAGGAUGACCAGGACGUGCCCAGGCGCUUUGGCAUCGAGGACAACCCUGACCGCUCCAGGGGAUGCUGUGAAGUUUGGCAACCAAAGAUAUGGGCGCUCUUCGAAGAUCCAUAUUCUUCUCGUGCCGCUCGGAUAAUUGCCUUCGUCUCCCUGUUUUUCAUCUUGGUGUCCAUCACAAACUUUUGCCUGGAGACCCACGAGGCCUUUUAUGAGCUUCACAAUCGCACGGAUGUAGUAACAGAAGGCAACAAAACUGUGACCAACAUCGUCCGAGUGGUGGAGACCAAACCAGUGCUCACAUUGGUGGAGGGAUUUUGUGUGGUGUGGUUUACCUUCGAGUUCCUAGUGCGGAUCAUAUGUUGCCCGAACAAGAUUCUCUUCAUCAAGAACACGCUGAACAUUAUCGACUUUGUUGCCAUCCUGCCAUUUUAUCUGGAGAUGAGUUUAAGCGGGCUCACAUCUAAAGCCGCCAAGGAUGUUCUGGGCUUUCUGCGCGUUGUCCGCUUUGUCCGUAUUCUACGGAUUUUCAAGCUUACCAGACACUUUGUAGGUCUCAGGGUUCUCGGCCACACUUUGCGGGCAAGCGUCAAUGAGUUUUGCCUUCUUAUUAUCUUUCUCGCCCUCGGAGUCCUUAUUUUUGCCACCAUGAUCUACUACGCCGAACGUAUUGGUGCGGAUCCCGAUGACCCUAGUGGCAGCAACCACACCCAUUUCAAGAACAUUCCCAUCAGCUUCUGGUGGGCAGUAGUCACCAUGACGACGCUAGGUUAUGGAGACAUGUACCCUCAGACGUGGCUGGGGAUGAUGGUUGGAGCAUUAUGUGCGCUAGCGGGCGUGCUAACCAUUGCCAUGCCGGUGCCUGUCAUCGUUAACAAUUUUGGGAUGUACUACUCACUGGCUAUGGCCAAGCAGAAGCUGCCCAAAAAGAAAAAAAAACACAAUCCUAACCGAGACAUUGUGAUGGACUCGGGGUCAUUCGGAAAGUCCGAAAGCAACUCGCCAAGAAACAGCACACAGAGUGACACGUGCCCCCUGGCCGCUGAGGAGAACAUCGGAAGAAACCGAUCAGAUUCAAAGCAGAAUGGCGACGCUAAUGUGACUCUUUCAGAAGAGGAAGGCUGCAGUCUGACCCAGCCGCUCUCGCCGGGCGAUAGAUGGACCCUGCGAUGCUCACGUAACAGAGACAAGUCUAUAAAAGAGGCGACAUGCUUCCUGCUGACCUCUGGAGACUUCUCCUGCAGAGCUGAACCCACCAUCCACACAGAAUGCUGUAAAGAUGCACUCACAUCCCCUUCGAACUACACUCAAGCAGAAGUCACCACACUGACCUGAAGGGGUUUGCAAAUCGGUUGAGAUCCUGACUGGAUCUCCGCUUAUUCCCCAACAGGCAUCUCCUAUGUCGGUCAAGAUGGCGACCCAAUGACUAGUAGAAUGCGUAUGCUUCUAGUCAUCAUUAUGCACACAUCUGUCUAUUUCCAGUCCAUUUGCAUGACAGAGCUUUGACUCCUUUGGUCAAAAUGGAACAUUAUAGCACUUUAAAUUUGGGGUGCAUCAAAUCUAUUGAGUAUUACUUGAAAGAUAUUGUAAAAAUGUUGACAUCAUUGUCGAAGGCCCCAGUGCAAAUUGACAAUGCUUUUAAAAUGUUUCUGACCAAUAAAAUGCUCUCUAGAAUGAGACUGUCUGCCCCAACACCUCCUGCCAACAGAGUGAAAAAUUCUGUCAUUAUUUCCCCCAUUCGAGAUGUUCCAAACCUAUGUACAUUUCUUUAAGGUAUUGAACACAAAGAAAUAUAUUUAGAAGGAUGUUUGUUACCAAACAGUUCUGGGGCACAAUUGACUACCAUGAACUCCCGAAAACUCCUAUGGUAGUCAAUGGCGUCCCAAAACUGUUUGCGCAUUCUUCGAAAUAUCUUCUUUGUGUUCAGUAUAACAAAUACGUUUAUACAGGUUUGGAACAAUUAAAGAAUGAACAAAUGAAGACAGAAUUUUGGGAUGACUUCAGUAAUUUCUGUUGUUUGAAACAUGUCCCAUUAUAUCUUCUUGUUUCAACAGACAAUGUGAAAAAUACGGUGUGUGCUUUUCACUCUUUGUAAGUCGCUUUGGAUAAAAGCGUCUGUUAAAUGUAAAUGUAAAUGUACACCAUGUCAUAAGGUUGUCAAAGCUUGUAUUCAUUUUUCCCUCAGUGUGUUAGCAAUAUUUCUGUUUAUACACAAACGUUUGUUAAGACUGUCUUUAAAUGUGCAAUAUCAGAGUGACCAUAUCUUUUACAACCAUUGUGUCAUAAUGAAGUGAAACCGUUAUAUGUUUAGUUUAUGAUGAUGUAAUGUGAAACGUUUCUGUUGGAUAGGUCAAGAUCAUUUCUCUCUUCAUGAUAAUGGGAGGCCUGACUUUAUUUGGAAAGAAGUAGAAACCGGGCUGUGUCUGUACAGUGUUAUACUAGAGAGGCCACAGACCAAUAAACAUUACUGUAAGAAGGACCCAUGUGUCAUUUUAGAAAGAACCUUUGAGACAAUUUUGAAGAACGUUUUUUUGUAGUGGCUUUAAUAAGUAAUGUCAAAGACCAAGGGGAAAAGAAUUUUCAGUUUUUUUGACAGCAUAUUCUACAAAGCAGCUGGAGGCUUUUCCAACCAUCAUUUUCUGAAACUCAAUUUACAUGAAGUCCUACUCCAUUUAAUAUCAUCAGCCAUUGAUAUUCAUAGCAACGCUGGUUGAGAUGGGACCAAACUCAGAUUUUCUGUUCCACAAUGUCUGUUUACUGUUUUAGUAAUAUGUCCAAGUUGUGCCUACUGUCUUGUACUAAUAAUUGUUAUACUAACUCUAUCAAUACAAAAAAAACUUUGUUGUUCUCAGAGAGGCUCAUUUUGGUAAGAUGUCAAUUAUUUUUGCAAACAAGAAUUGUCUGUAUGACUUUUUCUGCCAUAGUUGCCUUAUGUUUCAUGACCACAGAAGUGCAACACAUCGUAUUUAGAUCAGAAAAUGAAACCAUGUAAAUAACAGUUUUAUUAUAUGUAGCAGAUUAUCACAAUUGAGCAACAGAUGCAUUUAGUGUGUAGUUACACAGUUUUCAUAUCAUUCUAUGGUGUCUGCUUUUAGCCAGUAUCCGUGCGUAUGUUUGUGUAUUUCAGGGAUCUGUAACAUACUAAAAAGAUGCUCUUAGAUUACAUG